AGCGAACUCCGUCAGGUUGUCCAUCCUUUAAAUUUGAUGAAAACUUUUAUCAGCAUUACUCGCACUUAUAUAGAGGCAUGUGCCGCCGCCCAAUGUCACUCUUUAAUACAUCGAACAUACACCUUGGUACUUCCAUAACCGGGCAAACAUCGCGAGCACGGUUACCAUUAUACUUGGUACAUACGAAGGUCCCAUCUCUGCGUUAUCCGACCAACGCUUUCUGUCAACCAUAAAUAUAGUCCACAGGCGACCAAGGCUGAAUAGCCUCUAUACUGUUCACUGCCACCAAGCAUGGCCGACAGACAGCCGCCUUUGGCAAGGGACUUCGCCCAACCCACACACACCGUCACAAACGACAACUCGUCGGAAAUAACACACUACGAACCCCACCACGACCUAAACCGCACCCCAACGCUACACCGCGCCCCAACGAUCGAGGAUGUCGUCAAUUUACCUCUUCGCACGCUUAGCAACGAUGCCAACCUCGACGAGUAUACGCAAGAAACCAUCGAUGGCCAGAUGCUACGCGAAGUUCGCUCAGCUGUUGGCACUAUUGAACGAUACGAAUUAGUCACCUUCAAGAUCGACGAUCCCGAGAACCCCAAGAACUGGAGUAAGCUGCGCAAGUGGUGGUGCACCAUGUGCGUCGCUAUUACCUGCUUCGUCGUCGCUUUCAAUUCCGCUGUCAUUACCGCCGAUCUUGCGGGUGUGUCGAAGGAGUUCCAUGUCAGUGAAGAAGUUUCGCUACUCACCAUCACCCUCUUCGUUGUCGGCUUCGGUGUCGGCCCUAUGGCGUUUGCUCCCUUGAGCGAGAUCUGCGGUCGACGACCCAUCUAUGCCGUUACGUUGGCUGUUGCCGUCAUUUUCACGAUCCCUGGAGCUGUCGCUCAGAACAUCGGAACCCUCCUUGUCACUCGAUUUAUCGCCGGUGUCGCCUUUUCUGCCCCAAUGUCUUUGGUUGGUGGAACGCUGGUCGACCUGUGGAGAAAUGAAGAGCGUGGCGUGCCAAUGGCUGCAUUCAGUGCUGCUCCUUUCAUCGGUCCUGGUGUCGGUCCCCUCGUCGGUGGCUUUCUUAGCGAUGCGAAAGGUUGGCGAUGGUUGUACUGGAUCCAGCUCAUCCUCAGCGGUGUGGUCUGGAUCUUAAUCACCUUUACAGUUCCAGAGACUUAUGCUCCUAAGCUUCUCGCCACCCGAGCCAAGAAGCUCCGCAAAGAGACUGGCGAUGACAAGUUCGUCACAGAACAAGAUCUUGACCUUCGCCCAUUCAGCCAGCGCCUGACGCUCUUCCUCCUUCGACCCUUCCAGCUCCUCUUCCGCGAGCUCAUCGUCUUCUUCGUCUCAGUCUACAUGUCUGUACUUUACGGCCUCCUAUACAUGUUCUUCGUCGCUUUCCCGAUCGUCUACCAAAAAGGCAAGGGCUACAGCGCAGGGACCACAGGUCUCAUGUUCAUCCCUCUUAUCGUCGGAGUGCUCUGCUCAGCCGCCUGUGCCCCCAUUGUCAACAAACACUACCUCAAGCUCAGCGAGAAGCACAACGGCCACCCUCCUGCUGAAGUGCGUCUGAUCCCGAUGAUGCUCUCCUGCUGGUUCAUCCCCAUUGGCGUUUUCAUCUUCGCAUGGACAUCCUAUACAGACCUACACUGGGCGGGACCCGCAUUCGGCGGUUUCCCUGUUGGCUUCGGCUUCAUCUUCCUAUACAACGCCGCGAACAACUACCUUGUCGAUUCAUACCAGCAUCAAGCAGCAUCUGCGCUGGCCGCGAAGACGUUCCUGCGCUCGUUUUGGGGUGCUGGCGCUGUGCUCUUUACCAACCAGAUGUACGACAGGUUGGGAGAUCAGUGGGCCAGUUCGCUCCUGGCCUUUAUCGGUCUGGCCUGCUGUGCGAUCCCAUUCGUCUUCUAUUUCUACGGUGCCCGAAUUCGGGCGCAUUCUCAUUAUGCCUACAGCGAAGACGAGGAAAAUAUGGGCAAGUCGGAGAAGCAGGAAGCUUGAUUGGUCAAAUAUGGUCGGUGUUCCUUGGCGAUCCCGACGUUGUUGAGGCAUUUUCAAAGCAUUCGACUCGGUGUUUAGCGGCGGUUAUCGUGAGCUAUUUUCGGUUGCAUUGGCAUGGUGUUCGGGAGUCUCGGAUCAAGGUGGACGCAACGACCACUGGCUCAGAGGUUAUUCCUCAUAGGUAGUGUUAGACAAUAGCUCCAAUAAGCAUUAAUACUUAACAAUAAUUUACUGUUGGUGUUUUUAAAACAGUUUUCGCAUACCUCAUUGAGUAGCUUCGGGUGUCAUAAUGCUGCAGGUACCUCGUCUAGGUUGGAGUGGGGAAGUAGCUGUUCGAAGCUUGAUGACUUUAUAUUGGUAAUCGAACUCGCAGGGAG